CUUCCAUCUUGGUCAAUGAUUCAAAGGUCAAAGAGAGUAGAUAGCCUCUCCGAGUAUUUCUCGUUCUCGAAGUUUACUCUCUCAAAGACAUCUAUCUGCUCCUUCAAAGCUUGAAUUUCUUGCUCUUUUUUCUCAUUCUCUUCUGGAGCUCUUUUAAUGAUUGAUCAUCUUCUUUCUCUUCCUCCUCUUUCCUCUUUCCUCUUCUUUCUGACUUUUGAGUUCUUUAACAUAUAGUGAAAUAUCCUUGAGAAUUUUAAAGGAGAAUUGAGGCUGACUCCCAUCUAAGCCUUACUUGAGUGCAAAUCUGGCCCUUCAAAGAUUUGUUUAAGUUUGAGGAGAAAUUUAACUGUUAAGUUCUUUUUACCGAUGUACCCCUAUUCUUCUUGGUCCUCCUUUCCCUCACAUACUCCUGAAAUUAGUCUGAGAUCAAGAUGUGAACUAAAAGUUGUAUACAACUCAAAAUACUAAUAUCCAU